AUGCAGGAAUAUCGCAUAGGAAGUACUGGUCUGUGGUUCGACAUUGAAAGCAUAGGGGCCCAACGCCAACGCCGGCCAGCGUGGCAACGAUAUGUCCAGAGCCUGCCACGAUGGGCGAGGUUUGCGAUAACAGGCUUGCUGGUCUUCUGCGCAACUUUGGGCUUUCUGCGCGGAUGUCGUGAUCUCCAUGACCAGGCCAUUAAGCAAUAUCCAACAGAUUAUUCCAAACUGCAGCCCUCGGUGGCCGCUUUCACUGAGAGUGUACACCCUAUUCGUUUCUCUGGCGGGAUCGCGAGGCCCCAGCGAUUCGUCUCCGGAUCAUACAAAGAGGAUCUUCAAACUUUCCCGAACAGUAUAGACGAACGAUAUGCCUUCAUCAAAGCUCUGGCAAGUGGAAAGGAAGGCAAAGCAGCACUAUACCAUGACCGAACCGAUGGCAGCACCGUCGUGGUCAAGAUCUUCUACAGCAUAUCUCGCAAUCGUAUACCGUCAACGAUUGUGGAUACUUUUGCCAAUUUUACCACCAUGUGGCCUGCCGAGAUCGAAGCCAGUAUGCUCCUGGGCACCCGCAGCGACUCUGAUUUCGUCCCUGUCGUGGACUACUUCAUCCUCCAAACUCCAUCGGGCUGGUUUUGGGCGCUGGUGACACCAUUCAUAGCAAGAGGGACUUUGGCGCAUCUGGCUGAAGAUGAAAGAACCAACGCAACGAACAGGACGAUCGAUGAGAUUGAUGCACUCUAUCGGCCGACAUUCAACGCUAUGCUCAGUCAGCUUCAAAAUCUCCAUGGCAUGGGAUACUGCCACGAUGAUGUCAAGCCGGACAACAUCUUCGUCGACCAUCCGCACCGUUGGCUGCUUGGUGAUCUGGGCAAUGUGAGGCACAUUGAUCAUCCCUGGCACAGCACAAAGUCCUGGAUUCGACAAAAUCAAUGGUCCGAUUGCACAGUCAACGACCUUCGUCGAGCAUACAAAUCGUAUCUGUGGUUCCUGCGCCAUGUAGGCGGAGGCGAUUUCGAUCGACAGUUCUGGGACGGAAAGAAAGACUGGAGCCGCAUGUAUUGGCAGUUCAUGGAGCGCUGGGUCAGCCUCGCUAACGGUGGAGAUAAGAGCUCAUUGUGA